AUGGCUUCGACGAAGUCCGUCCCGGUGACCAUGCUGUCCGGCUUCUUGGGAGCAGGCAAGACCUCGCUCUUGAGGUAUGUGCUGCAGAGCAGCGGCCUCAAGGUGGCCUGCAUCGUCAACGAUGUGGCAGCAGUGAACAUCGACGCCAAGCUCAUUCGCGGCGAUGCUGCCCGCGACCCCAACAGCACCACCGCCGACCUCACGGACACCAUCGAGCUCGCCAACGGAUGUGCCUGCUGCAGCAUUGCCGAUGAGCUGAUGGCGAGCUUUGCUAACUUGCUGGAGCUCUCAGACAAGCGCGGGACCUCGUAUGAUAGAAUCAUCCUAGAGAACAGUGGGGUUGCCGAGCCCCAAAACAUCCGGGACCAGUUCAAUGACGCCAUCGCCGAGGGGCACCCACUCAUGCAGCGCUGCCAUUUGGACACCCUCAUCACAGGCACGGCUGUCGUGGACUCCGGCACCUUCAUCAAUGACUACUCCAGUAGAGCCCCACUCAUGUCGCGACCCGAUCUGGGGGAGGGCGGCGGGCUACGCCCCGUGGUAGACCUCCUGGUGGAGCAGAUCGAGGUCGCCGACUACAUUGUUCUGAACAAGAUUGACCUGCUGGACACUGCCACCGUGGAGUCCCUGACAGCCAUCAUGGCGUCCCUGAAUCCGCUGGCCCAGGCAAGGCUUGAAGAAGGGAGGAAUAUGGGGAGUCUGACACGUGGGCAUGACCACGGGCGCAAGCACGGGCACAAGCACGAUCGCCAGACCACCACCGCCGCCAAGCGCUUUGGCAUCACCUCCUUUGUGUACGCGCGGCGCCUGCCCUUCCACCCCCAGAGGCAAGCAUGGCCUGGGCGGGAUUGCUGGCUGAAGGACCUGGUGCUGAAGUGGAUGCCGGUGUCCCACAACAAGACGCUGGAGCAGGGCCAGGAACCCGAGCUGGGCGACUCCCCCAUCAAGACGGUGCUCCGCUCCAAGGGCUUCAUGUGGGUAGCCAAUUCCCACACCACCGCCUUCUACUGGAGUCACGCGGGGCAGUACUUUGAGAUCCGGGACGAGGGCGAGUGGUGGUCGGCGGUGGCCGACGACAUGUGGCCCGAGGCCCGGCCCCAGCGCGACGUCAUCCUGGCCGACUUUGACGCGGAGGGCGAGUGGGGCGACCGCCGCCAGGAGAUCGUCUUCAUUGGCGCCAGCAUGGACGAGGCGGCCAUCACCGCGCAGCUGGACAGCGCGCUGCUCACCGAGGAAGAGAUGAGCGACUACCGCGCAAACUUUGAUGAGCCAGACCCAGUGCACCCCGAUGCUCUCAAGCUGGCGGCAGUGCCCAAGAAGGCCAAGCACUGA